AAAAAAAUGAAAGUCGUUGAAAUAUCAAGCAAAGGACCCACACUAAGUUGUUUAAAGGUUUCUUUCAUCAAUUGAUAUUCCACCAGACUUAAUCAUACGAUAUGUCGACUCCAGACUUGCUAUUAGAUCCACAAUUGAAGUAUUGGGUAUUGUUACCCAUCUCAUUUGUGAUGGUGUUGGUUGGUUUACUUAGAUCAAACGCAACAUACCUUCUUCAACCUGGUCCAAAGUUGGAAGAGUUUAAAGCUUUAAGAGAAAAACAAUUCUUAAAAAGAGCAGCUUGCUUUAGACAGAAUAAUGGUGUAUUGACUAAAGAAGAAUUUGAAAAUAGAAAGCAAUACUUCACCGCCACCUUAGAAUCAAAUGAAUUCUACGCCAUAGUUGAGGAUCCAAAUGCAGACCCAGCCAACCCUUUGACUGAUCCAGGUAUGAAUGAUGCAUUGAUGAAUAUGGCCAAGGGUAACGUCAUGAAUUAUAUCCCUCAAACUAUUAUCAUGGCAUGGGUCAAUUAUUUCUUUGCUGGAUUUGUGAUCAUGAAACUACCAUUCCCAUUAACUGAUGGAUUCAAACAAAUGUUACAAACCGGUAUAGAAACUCCUGAUUUAAACGUUCGUUACGUUUCUUCGAUCUCAUGGUAUUUUGUUAAUUUAUUCGGGUUAAGACCAGUGUACUCUUUAUUAAUGGGUGAUCUCGCUGCUGCUGAAUUAAUGAAUCAACAACAACAGCAACAAGCUCUUCCUAACAUUGGGGGCCCAGGUGGUCCAAAGGCCGAUAAACUUUUCAAAGCUGAAGCUGAAAAUAUUCAAAUCUUAACUCAUAAAUCAAUCUUUGAUGGUAUAACAGAAAGAGUUUUAGAAAAGUAUGCCGAUGAAUUAAAAGCUUUAUAGACACAUAUGUGGACCACUACUACUACUCCACUAACCUUACAUAGUUAAAAUAUCAAUAAUACAUCAAUAGUAAAAGGAUAAACUAUGAAUUGUAGACAAAUUUGAAAAUUCCUGU